GCUCUGUCGCCCAGGCUGGAGUGCAGUGGCGCGAUUUCGGCUCACUGCAACCUUCCCCUCCCUGGUUCAAGCGAUUCUCCUGCCUCAGCCUCAUGAGUAGCUGGGAUUACAGGCGCGUGCCACCACGCCCGGCUAAUUUUUGUAUUUUUAGUAGAGACGGGGUUUUGCCAUGUUGGUCAGGCUGGUCUCAAACUCCUGACCUUGUGAUCCGCCCGCCUCAGCCUCCGAAAGUGCUGGGAUUACAGGCAUGAGCCACCGUGCCUGGCCAUCACUUGUCAUUUUAAUCUACAUCUCAGAUAUAAACAUGGGUUUGGGCAUUCUGGUUAAAUGUAUUUCCUGAUUACAUGGAGGGAGGCGGAAUUUUCUUUUUUCCAGUUCAAACUGGAGAAGAAGGGCAAGGAUAUCCAGUAGACAGAAGAUCUUGGACCCCAGGAAGUAUAUUGGAAGAGGUGCCUGGAGAAAUGGAUGCUAGAAGAAAACACUGGAAGGAGAAUAUGUUUACUCCUUUUUUUAGUGCACAAGAUGCUCUAGAAGAGACUUCUGAGCCUGAAUCUUCUUCUGAACAAACGACUGCAGAUAGCAGCAAGGGAAUGGAAGAAAUUUAUAAUUUGUCCAGUAGAAAGUUUCAAGAAGAAAGUAAAUUUAAGAGGAAAAAAUAUAUUUUCCAACUAAAUGAAAUAGAACAAGAACAAAAUUUAAGAGAGAACAAGAUAAACAUUUCAAAGAAUGAAACAGACACAAAUUCUGCAUCCUAUGAAUCAUCUAAUGUGGAUGUUACAACAGAAGAAAGCUUUAACAGCACAGAAGAUAACUCUACCUGCAGUACAGAUAACUUACCAGCUCUACUAAGACAAGACAUAAGAAAGAAAUUUAUGGAAAGAAUGUCUCCAAAACUUUGCCUGAAUCUUUUGAAUGAAGAACUGGAAGAACUUAAUAUGAAAUACAGAAAAAUAGAAGAGGAAUUUGAAAAUGCUGAAAAAGAACUUUUGCACUACAAAAAAGAAAUAUUCACAAAACCCCUAAAUUUUCAAGAAACAGAGACGGAUGUUUCAAAAAGUGACUAUGAACUUCAAGCUUUAAGAAAUGACCUGUCUGAAAAAGCAACAAAUGUAAAAAACUUAAGUGAACAGCUCCAGCAAGCCAAAGAAGUCAUCCACAAAUUGAACCUAGAGAACAGAGAUUUAAAAGAAGCUGUUAGGAAGUUAAAGCAUCAAACCGAGGUUGGAAAUGUGCUCCUAAAAGAAGAAAUGAAAUCGUAUUAUGAAUUAGAAAUGGCAAAGAUCCGCGGAGAGCUCAGUGCCAUCAAGAAUGAACUGAGAACUGAGAAGACCCUACAAGCAAGAAAUAACAGAGCCUUGGAGUUGCUUAGAAAAUACUAUGCUUCUUCAAUGGUAACAUCAUCAAGUAUCCUUGACCACUUUACUGGGGAUUUUUUUUAAAACUUAAAAAAAUCCUUCCAUUAGGCAAGUCAUUGAGCCAAAUCAGUGUUUAUUGUAUUUUCUUUUCGUAUUACUUAAAAUAUAUGUAAUAGGAUGUUAUUUUCAUUUUCAGUAAAUCACAGUAUCUAUAAAACAUAUACAUGUUUCCAAGCUUCUGCUUUCUCUUUCUGAUGAAGUUAUUGCAGGAGUACAAAUGGAAACGAAGCUUUGGAAAUCUCAUAUCAGAGUGUGUGUGUGUGUGUGUGUGUGUGUGUGUGUGUGUGUGUGUGUGUGUACACACACAUAUAUUCACUCAAAAACACAUAAUGAUUCACCAAAUCAUUUAUGAAUACAAAUCAACAGCAAUUUUGUGAUCUCGUAAGCAAAUAUGUCUUUGGCACGUGAAUAUUUUUCCAUCUGUGUUCAUUGAUGUUAACAAUAAAAAUCUUGUUUAUGUGUAUAAGCCUAACAUAUGCCUGUGGGUCUUGUAACUGCCUGUUCAAACUCAAUGGGAUACCAAAAAUGUAUCUGCUUACUUUGGGGGUCUAACUUUAAUUCGGUACAUAUAAACAUCUCUGGAAAAAAAUGUAGUUUUUUUCUUCCCCCUGCUGUUUUCCCCAGGCUUUCUCCUUUGACCUGGCCA